AUGUGGAGCCAACGUACAGAAGAGGAGGAAAUUUUAGGUAACGAAAUGCAGAAGUUACAAAAUCAAAUAGAACAACAAAAGAAACUCUUGAAUCAGAUGUUGAAAGUCAAACAAAGUAAAAUGGAAAAUCAGAAAAUGAGAUUAGCACAGCUUUCAUCCCUUGUGAAAAAUCAACGAAUAAAAGAGACAGGCGAAAAUGCUAAGAUAUCCAAACCCCAAAAGAAGAAGACAGCAAUGCAAAGGAUGAAUCCAACACAUCAACCUCUGAUUACGACACUUAUGAAACAUAUUUUGAAAAACCGAAAGAAAUACUACUAUAAAAACAGAUACUUUUUCAAUGGAUAUAAAUUUGUACUUAUAGAUAACGGCACAGCACUAGCUUUGGUUUCAACACACCACGAACUAACAGGGAAACCAGUAACUGAUGCCAUUUCGUUACCAUUAUUUAUUGUUUAUUCUAGAAGAACAUAUGUUAAAACACCUUCUGGUACUUUUACGUUAGACGGACCGGAUAAAAUAAAGCUGAAGAAGAGUAACACCAUCGAUAACUGCAUUUUUUUUACGAGAAGUGGAUGCUGCACCAAGCAGGUAUGUCCAUUCAAACACGAUCCCCAAAGGAAAUCAUUAUGCCCAUCACUAAUUAAGCACGGCUUUGAAUGUAAGAACAAAAAUUGUCAUUAUUCACAUACCCCAACUCAAUUCAACUCACCAAGCUGUAAGUUUUACCAAAUAAAGCAAUGCAAUAAAGAGAACUGUAUUUUUACCCAUAAAUUAGAAAAUGAAAAGUCACCAAUUUGCCGAGAAUUUGCUUAUAAUGGAUAUUGCGAUGAUGGAAUAAGUUGUAAAUUCACACAUUCUUUUCAGUGCCCGGAAUUGAAGGAAUAUGGCCGGUGUUUAUUAGGAACGAAAUGCAGCUGUAUACAUCAUGAAGAUAACAAAACAAAGAACAGUUUAAGAAAUAAGGACAAUGACAAAGUUAUUCAAAUAGUAUAUGAUAAAAAUUCAGAAAGUGAUGACUCCUGUUCAGGCUCUGAUGAUAACGUAGAACUUAUUGUAGAACCACUAGAUACGUUGGAAGGUAACUCAGACUACGUAAGAUUUUAG